CAAUAUCAUUCGAAAACUUGCACGGUGAGCGAUACAGCGGAGGAGAAAGACAACGCAGCGAACAAAACACACAAUGGCGACGGCGGCGACAACGGCAGGCGGAACGGGCUCCGGUGGACCGGCCACCGGCCCGGUGGGCAGCGGAACCGCAGUGGGACGUAAAAAGGAUGGCGGUCCGUCCUCGAAAUUUUGGGAGAGUUCAGAAACGGUGUCCCAGUUUGAGACGGUGCGGCUGUGGAUCGGAAAGCACUACAAGAAGUAUGUCCAGAAUGACUCCCCCUCCAGUAAAUCCUUGGCGGGUCUGGUGGUCCAACUGCUGCAGUUCCAGGAGGAUGCAUUUGGACGCAGGGUCAACAAUCCUGCUCUUACAAAGCUACCUGCCAAGUGUUUCCUGGAUUUUAAGGCAGGGGGUGCCCUGUGUCACAUCUUGGGAUCAGUCUACAAGUUCAAGAGCGAGCAGGGGUGGCGCAGGUUUGACCUGCAGAAUCCUUCCAGGAUGGACAGGAACGUUGAAAUGUUCCUAAACGUGGAGAAGAAUUUGGUUCAGAAUAACUGCUUGACUCGACCCAUCGUCUUCCUGUCGCCAGACAUCGAGCAGAAACAAGCCAGUAAGCUCAAAGACAUCAUCAAAAGGCACCAGGGCUCUAUCACUGAUGAUAAGUCAAAGGCCACUCACCACAUUUAUCCCUCUCCAUCCCAACAGGAGGAAGAAGAGUGGCUUCGUCCUGUCAUGAGGAAAGACAAGCAGGUGCUGGUGCACUGGGGUCUCUCCCCAGACAGCUAUGAUACUUGGGUGUCAGCCAGCGAGGUGGACGGGGAUGUGGAGGACCCACCCAGCACUGACAGACCAUGGAAGGUCCAUGCCAAGUGGGUUUUAGACACUGAUGCCUUCAAUGAGUGGAUGAAUGAAGAAGACUACGAGGUGGAUGAGAACAAGAAGCCAGUCAGCUUCCGUCAGAAAAUCUUCCCCAAGGAGGAGGAGUCUUCCCGUACACCCGAUCGCAAGGAGCGCAAGGCCAACUCCACCGGCAAGAAGAGGAGGCGCUCGCCCUCGCCGCCCAGCACUCCCGCCGAAUCCCGCAAGAAGGGAGGAAAGAAGGGGAACCCUGGGCUUCACUGGAAGCGACGGGGCCACAGAGGUGAAGAGGAGGACACAGAGGAAGACAUGACCAAGGACAUGGACGACUCCUCAGCCGGUGCCAGCAUGGAGGAGGGCAGCAUGUCUAAGAAUUCAAAGAAAGACAAUGAGAAUACUCCAGUGAAAGGAGGAAAUGGAGACAUGGAUGACAUGGAGGAUGACUCUGUGCUGUCUGGUGGAAAGGAUGACGAGGAGCAGGGCAAAGCUGAAAUCAACCGACUGAUAGAUGCUGGCGAGGACAACGUGACUGAACAGACUCACCACAUCAUCAUCCCCAGCUACAGCGCUUGGUUCGACUACAACUGCAUCCAUGAGAUUGAGAGAAGAGCGCUGCCCGAAUUCUUCAACGGAAAGAACAAGUCCAAAACUCCUGAGAUAUACCUGGCCUACCGUAACUUCAUGAUCGACACUUAUCGGCUAAACCCUCAGGAGUACCUCACCUCCACCUCCUGUCGCCGGAACUUGACCGGGGAUGUUUGUGCUAUCAUGAGGGUUCAUGCGUUCUUGGAGCAGUGGGGUUUGGUGAACUACCAGGUUGACGCUGACAGUCGCCCGUUGCCCAUGGGCCCCCCACCCACACCUCACUUCACCGUUCUGGCUGACACACCAUCCGGCCUCAUGCCCCUGAACCACCGACCCCCGCCGAUUCCCCCUCCGCAGCAAAUGCCGGGCUUCAUAGACAAAAGCAAAGAGAAGUCCAUCGACUUGCAGAACUUCGGCCUUCGCACUGACUUCUACAACAGGAAAAACCCCAAGGGUAAAGCUCCCACCUCCACCAGGGAAUGGACCGAGCAGGAGACUCUACUGCUGCUGGAGGCGCUGGAGAUGUUCAAAGAUGACUGGAACAAAGUGUCUGAGCACAUAGGGUCACGCACUCAGGACGAGUGUAUCCUGCACUUCCUGCGGUUGCCCAUUGAGGAUCCAUACCUGGAGAACACUGAGACGACCCUGGGCCCCCUGGCCUACCAGCCUAUACCCUUCAGCCAGUCUGGAAACCCCGUCAUGAGCACUGUAGCCUUCCUGGCCUCUGUGGUCGACCCCAGAGUGGCAUCAGCUGCUGCCAGGGCAGCCUUAGAGGAGUUCUCCCGUGUGCGUGAGGAGGUGCCGGCUGAGCUGGUGGAGGCUCACGUGAAGAAAGUGCAGGAGGCGGCCAGGAGCACGGGGAAGGUGGACCCAGCGUUCGGCCUGGAGAGCAGUGGCAUCGCUGGUACCGCCCCAGAGGAGCCAGAGAAGACCGAAACCCCAGAGGCAGAGAAGAUGGACACGGACACAGACUCUCAGCAGGCCGAUAAGGCGGAGUCGAAGGACGAGGCGGAGAAACCCAGUGAGUCUGCAGAAAAGAGCAGCGACAAGACUGAGGCCGCAGACAAGGUGAAGAAGGAGGGAGGAGAGGCGUCAGAGCGCGAGGACGACAACGAAGAUGGAGUGGAGGCCAAGUCCUCUCCAGCAGACAAAGACAAGGAGGAUGCCAUGGAGACAUCGUCCUCGGAGCAGGAGAAGGAGAAGGAGGAGAAGGCAACUACGGAGGAGGGAGAGGAGAAGAGGAAGAAACUGGAGCAUGACAUUGAAGAGGGUAACAUUGCCACCGCGGCCGCUGCUGCCCUGGCAUCUGCUGCCACCAAGGCCAAGCAUCUGGCGGCGGUGGAGGAGAGAAAGAUCAAGUCCCUGGUGGCUCUGCUGGUGGAGACCCAGAUGAAGAAGCUGGAGAUCAAACUGAGGCACUUCGAGGAACUUGAGACCAUCAUGGACCGAGAGAAAGAGGCCUUGGAGCUUCAGCGGCAGCAGCUGCUCACCGAGCGUCAGGCCUUCCACAUGGAGCAGCUCAAAUACGCAGAGAUGAAGGCGAGGCAGCAGAUGGAGCAGCAAGCUGCCGCUGCAGCCGCCGCUGCCGCCCAUGCUCAAGGACAGGGUCAGGCCCCUGGAUCUGGACCCCACUCUGGAGCCCCUCCACCAGGCAUGCACCCUGGAGGGCCCCAGCCACACCACGGAGCACCAGUUCCCCACCACGGAGGGCCUCCACCCGGUGGUGCCAUGCACCCCGUUUACCCCCCGAUGGGUCACCACCCCAUGGCCCCUCACCACCCAGGACAGACAGGACCGAUGGGACCAGGACAGCCGAUCCCUGGACGCAUGAUGCCCGGCCCACCCUCAGCUGGCCCCCCUCCUGGCGGCAUGCCUCCCAUGAUGCCCCCACGCCACCCUGGAGCUCCCAACGGCAUGUAUCCCGGCCCACCACCUGCACAGCCUGAGGCGGUACCUCCAGUUCCUGUGGCUCCUCCGGCGGCUCCGAGUGCUCGAGUGCCUGACAACUAAGACUUACACAACACACACACAUACACACAACACACAUUCACACAAACACACACACACAUAAAACUAACUCUAUCUCUGAAGCUCAGCUCCCCUUUGUUUGAUGGCCUUUUCCCCUCCAAACUCAAAACUAUCAGAAAUGUCAUCACAGGAAACACACACACACACACACACACACACACACACACACACACACACAGACUUCCUCUCAGGGCACAGCGGCAAGGGUCGUGUAGUAAUAAACACUGUUUUCUGCUCUGUUGGGCCAGAUGGAAGCUGGAGAGAGUGACUGUGUACAGAAAACACAACACGUAAAAAAAAACCCUCCUCCCGUCUCACCUUUUUUCUCCCCCGAACCCGUUUGAAACGACACUGUAACCCCCCUCAGUUUCUUUUUAAAACACACACACACACACACAGGCACGCACAUGCACACAAACACACCUCCUCUUGUCUUGCGCCUCUUUCUCCAAACCAAACACUAGGGGGAGCUAGUGAGACUAGAGGGCAGGUCAGACAAGGGGUAGUGUGUGUGUUUCUGUGUGUGUGCUGCGAUUGAACACACACACGAGGCAAGCAGAUUAUUCAGAUGAUAUCAAUAAAACACACACACGCACACACAGAGGGGACCCAGCCUGCCCUCGCUCUUAUCUUGUCGAGUAUCUACCUCUCGCUCCUCUCUGAAUGAUACACUGUAGUUCUGUGUGUGCGUGUGUGUGAAUAUGUGAGUGUGUGUGUGUGUGUGUGUGUGUGUUCAAGAUGGAUGAUUAUUUUUUAUGGCCGUUCACUCUGACCACAGAAUAACCUAGAGGCUUCCAUGUAAUCAUUGCUUUGCAAUUUGAGACUUUUGCAUUAAUGUCUUUAUUUGACUCAAAGAAAUCCAACAGAGGUGAAACAAAUUGGAGAGAUGAGGCCAAAUUAAAACUUUAAACUCUUUAAGAAGACUCGUGUCUCUUACAGAAACAAAAAAAAAAAAAUAGACCCUGAAGUUUUAAAAAAUGUCUGAAGAGAUAUGUCUUCAUCCCUUGACCCUAACAACAGCAGCAGCCACUGGAAAUAAUGUGACAUUACAUGAUGGAAUGUUAAGACAAAAAAAAUGAAUUCAAAGAAAAAUACAUGUUCUUGUUUUUUUUACUGUGUUGUCAACAAAUCCCAUAAAAAGACCAAAACUAACAAUUAGUCUCCAAUUAAUUUAUGACUCCCCUGUGCUGUGGCUUUCAGCACCAAUCACAGGGAAAAUUAAAAUGUUUUAUUCUUUGACAGAUUUUCAAAAACUCAGUAA